CAUCCAUAUGUACAAUGUACACCUAUCAAAUGAAAAUUCUAAGUAAUCCCUUUUUGGCUUUCAACGCAAGACGUCUGGGCGAACGUGGUUCGCAGGCAUGGCCGACCUUGCGCCGAACCAGGUCAUACACGGCCCAGAUUUCUGGGGUAGCAAGUCUGCAGGAGGAUGAUGAUGGGCAGCAGAGGCCGUCUGCCCGCCACAGGUUAAUCAUCCACCUCGUCAAGAUGUGCAUUCUGCUGCUCCUCUGGUUCGUCUGCACAUUCAUCGUGUUCUCAUAUGCCGUCGAUAAGAAUCCGCGGUCCACGAUGGUCACCGUGAUGCCCAACGAAACUGCUCUGAGGACGGUGAAGCUGCCCGGCAAUGGAGUCCGAGUCACUCUGCAAGGUCCCGUGGAUGGCCAUCUCAUGAGGUUUCCGGACGAGCACAGUGGAGGGUAUGGCGCUGGUUUGCGGGUGGAGUGGCGCAAUCCCGAUUUGAAUGUGACACAUCGCCGGACGGACAUGUGGAAUAUUGUCAUAGACAGCGAUGCCACAAAGUACGAGGAAGUGUCGAAGAAGUUUGUUCUUCCACGAACGGGCGGCGAAGAUGCGCAGGCGGUGAUCUCCCUGGAGAACUGGCUUGAUUCCCCAGUGUCGCUGCACAUGACACUGGACACCGGUCCGCCGAUCACGGACAUGGGCGUCCUCUAUGCCGGCCUCCUGAUCGUUGGGCUCUACAUGCUGAUCAUCUUCGAUGUGAUAGAUCACACCUUUGCCGCUCUGAUUAUAGCCACCACGGGCAUUGCAACUCUCACCAUCCUGGACCAUCGGCCCAACGUGCAUUCGAUCAUAUCCUUUGUCAACUUUGAGCCCCUGAUGCUGCUCUUCGGCCUGAUGACCAUUGUGGACAUCAUGGCGACCACUGGCGUCUUCGAUUACCUGGUUGUUGGCACAUACCGACUGGCCAGGGGUCGACCUUGGCCCCUGAUAUUUCUCCUUAGCAUGCUGACCGCCUUGCUGUCCGCCCUUCUGAACAGCGACAUCAUGGCUUUGGCUCUGACCCCAAUGACCAUUCGCCUGUGUGAGGAGAUGUCCUUGCGGACCACUUACGUCCUGGUCGUAGUGGCCAUAUUCGCGGACAUGGGUGGCGCCCUGACGCCCAUGGGGAAUCCGCCCAACGCCAUUGUGACCACCAAUCCGGCGGUGAUGGCAGAAGGCGUGGACUUCGUCACCUUUGUGGCCCACAUGCUGCCCGGAGUGCUGGCGGCCAUGCUCGUGGUCUGUGCCAUCGUGUACGUCACCCACAGGACGAGCAUCUUUGAGGUGGACCAACACCAGCGGGAUCUGGUGGAGAAGAGGACCGGGCCAAAGAAGCAGCCCUCCCAGGCCACCCUGGAGCGCAUAGCUAAGCUCAGGGAAGUGGUGCCAAGCAGGUAUUGGCUGAAGCCCGCGGAAAACUAUGCCGAAACCUUGGCCGCACUGGAGGCGAGCAGCCGGAUCCGGAACAAGCCGCUGCUGAUCAAGGGCUGCCUCGCACUGACCUUCGCCCUCAUCUGCAUGGUCCUGCACUCGAUACCUCAUGUGGCGGCCGGCGCCACCUUGGGAUGGGUGACCCUGCUGGCCGCCUUCCUGCUGAUCAUCCUGGACGACAAGAACGAUCUGAACGCCACUCUGGGCAUAAUCCAGUGGAACAUCCUGCUGUUCAUCGCCGCACUCUUCGUGCUGUCGGAGGCCGUGGACCAGUUGGGCUUCUUCCAGUGGCUCGGCGAUCACACAGCGGUGCUCCUGAGGAGCCUGAAGCCGGAGUACCAGACGGCGGUGACCAUUGUGGGCCUGCUCUGGACGACCGCCCUACUCACGAUCCUCAUCGACAACGCCGCCGUUACAAUCUUCAUGCUCAAGUUCAGCUUCCAGAUGGCCAGCAAUGAUGACGUUCCCCUGCCGCCCAUGAUCUGGGCCCUCACGUUCGGGGCCUGUUUUGGGGGAAACGGUUCCCUAUUUGGGGCCGUGUCCAAUGAGAUCAUCGUCCAGAUCGCCCUCCAGCAUGGCUACAGGAUAUCCUUUUGCCACUUCUUCAUUAUUGGGUUUCCGCUGAUGCUGGCCACCAUGGUUAUCGGCUCGGCUUAUCUCCUAAUUGCACACACAGCCCUAAGUUGGAACUAACACUUGCUUAAAGACCCAAACCUAGAGAACCUUUUUGUAUGCUAAAGUCUUAAGCACUACGAAAAUUAUUCAUUCCCCGCAUCGUUUUAAAAAUGUAUAAUCCCAAGUAGCGCUUUGCAAAUAUGUAUUCAUAUUGCAUAUCUUAUUAAAUUGAUAUUGCGAUUAAA